AUGGCCUCCACAAGGGAUCAAAACCGCUCUCAAUGGUAUCUUAAUGCGGAAACUGAUUUGCUCAACCUGGAAAAUAGCGAAUCGGUGGGUUUGGACUUUGGCUUAGCACAGACACUCGAGCCUAAGAGCUUUGAGGCCUCGAGUUUGGAAAUCCCAGAAACAGAUUUGGCUAAUCUCUUUCCCAGCAACUACGAGGAUAUCGACGAUUUCCUCACGCAGGAAUUGAAGGAUCUCGAUAUCCCGAUGAUUCCACAAAACCUGAACAUUCGUCCUGAAGUGAGAUCUCCGGCGCGGUGCGACACGGUCUGGAACCGUGACACUAACGUCCCAGUGCAAAACUCUCACCAAUCUCACAAGCGUGGGCCCAGUGGAACGGCAAUAUUUGGUUUUGCCAACCACAACAAACAGCUAAGUCUGACGAAAAAUAAUCCUGACGAAAAUAUUCUGAGCGGAGCCAACCAGCUUCGGCCGUCUUUCUCUGGCUAUGGUGCUGAAAGUACAGACAAAGAUUACCAGGUGCAGAGUAAUAAUCUAAACUCUUUGAUUCUAAAGCAGCAAGAGGAAUUGAGACAGGCUUUAGAAAAGCAACAGGAAAUGAACGCACAACUAGAACAACAGCUUAGAAGCAGUCAACGCCAGCAGCAGCAGCUUCAGCUGGCAUUGAAAGAACAGGAAUAUGCUGCUCAGCAUCUGACAGCCAAGGUCUCGCCUGCGAGAACUCCGUCCUCCAGAACAUCACACCCUGGGUCAGACGGCAAGAACAUUAUCAUUACAAGUAACAGCAAAUCUGGUGGCUACAAGUUCCCAGCCCCGCGUUCACCUACCGCCGAUAAUUCGAAAAACGGUGUUAUAUCGCCGGUAUCAGGAACGUCAAUGAAUGGCUCGCCAAUUCGAAAGAACCACAGCACUCGGAAUAACCCACAAUUACUGCACUUAAAUGUGCCUAACAAUUUCAGCGAUGGUGGAGAGGAUUAUUCGAGUCCCGAAAAUUUCUUUGGCUCCUCAAAUUUCAAACCUAAGAUAUCUGCCGAAACGGUCCAAAAAAUGAGCAAGUAUUUUGAGCAAGUCAAUGCGAAAAACGCAACAUCGAUUGAUCGCUUAGAUACCAAUAAUCCUAUAACACCACAACAUAGGGUAGUUAUUGGUGGAACUUCUUCCACAUCCUCAUCGCCUCGAGUUAAUUAUCAUCGAGCAAAAGAAUCCAUAUCGUCAAGCGCCUCUACCAUACCACAGCUGUGUGACGAUGACGAUCGUUAUGGUCAGACCACUGCUCCGGCAGGCAAGGCGGUUGGCUUGGGAAUUCGAAGCAAUGAUGAAAACGCAAAGAGAAAAUAUCUGCUCAAUAAACCACCACCAUUAGAUCUUCUGCCGACUAUACCCGGCUCCUCCGAUAAUACCCCAAUUAGUAUUAAAAAGACUCCCUUGGACUCCAAAGGUCUUCCUCAAAAGCACGUUUUUCAGCAUACUCCGACUAAAGCGUCUCUUGGCCCCGGUAGUGCGACAAAUUCGACUUCUAGGUUUCCUACAACCAGACCUGUUUUCAAAGCACUGAACGAGGACUUGAGGCCGCCCAGCGAGGGGGAGAACUAUGAAUACGAUAAUCAGAAUGGGGAGGAUGGUCCAGAGAGCGAGUUUAAAAUUGCCCAAACGCCAUCUCCAAUACUAAAAUCGCAAGGUCGUUUUGAAGACUCCAGUCCAUAUCUUAACCACGAUUACUAUGAUGAUAAUCAUGGUGAGUUUGAUGAUGUCGACCACUAUCAUUUGGAUCACGAACACGAACACUGCUCUCACAACUCAAGUUCUUUAAAGAUAACAAAAAAACCAACAACUCUACCCCCAGGUGAGAUUGACAGGUAUGUGCAUGAACUUCCCGAUAAGACCUUUCAAUGUCUUUACCCAGAUUGUGGUAAGACUUUCAGAAGACGCUAUAAUAUCCGCUCACAUAUUCAAACUCAUUUGGAAGAUAGGCCUUACCACUGUGACUAUGAGGGCUGUGGCAAGGCAUUUGUACGAAAUCAUGACUUGAUAAGGCACAAAAAGAUUCAUGCGGAAAAGUCUUUUGUGUGUCCGUGUGGUAAGAAAUUUGUGCGAGAGGACGCUCUCAUUGUUCACAGAAGCAGGAUGAUAUGCGUUGGAGGCAAAAAGUUCAGCAAUGUAGUAAUAAAAAAAUCGCCCCGGCGGCGAGGGAGGCCAAGAAAAGAUGGUACGUUUAGCGCCACCAGCAGUCCCGUUAAGGAUUCCAUUGUCCGCAAUAAUAACGGAAUGAUUGCUCUUCAAAUGGAAGAACAGCUACAGCGGGAUAUGAUCGAGAGCGGACUUCUGAACCCCACCUUUUCGAAGAUAGAUAAAUGGUCUGAACAAUAA